AAUUAUUUCACUUCCGGUUUUUGACAGAAAAAAAAAUAUUUAUCUAAAAGUAAAAAUAAUAAUAAUAACAUUGUUUAUCUCUAUAAAUCUGUGACAAGUUUAAGAACUGUUUGGAUACCAACCUAAUGAGCAGAAUGAGAGAAUAUGGGUGUAAAAGCUAGCAGCUUGAUGUGGUGUGAAUAUAACGGAUCUAGUGUGCUGCCGAGAGACGAUAAGCCUGCUAGCUACUUCUACUGUUAUAAGGUCCCGCCUCCAAGUUACAAUCAUAACUGGACUGAUCUACAUUAUGCUGCUAGCCAUGGCAACAUCAGGCGCAUCCAUGAAAUCAUUCACAAAACUGGAACAGUGAAUAUAGACAGGAAAGAUUAUUAUGGUAAAACUCCUCUCUACUGGGCAGCUUAUAAAGGACAUGUGUUGUGUGUAGAAGAGCUGAUUAAGUUUGGUGCCUCGGUCAACACAAAAUGCCGACAUGGCGGGACACCUCUACAUGCUGUAGUUAGCUUGUAUCCUGAAUGUGCCUUAAUUUUGAUAAAGAAUGGAGCAGAUGUGAAUAUAUCAGACAACUGGGGUGUGACCCCAAUGCACUUGGCAGCAUCAAGUGGUCAGAUAGAUGUGAUACGUUAUCUGGUGGCAGCUGGGGCACAACUUUCAUUCAAAAAUCUGAAAACUGGUGACAUUCCAAAAGAGUUGUUGAAACAUAAAGAAUUCUGUGAUAGACUAAUAACAAUGUCUCGAAACCCACCGUCAUUGCAACAGUUAUGUCGUGUCAAAAUACGGUACCAACUUGGCACAUCGCCAAUACAGAAACUCCACGAUUUAAAGAUGCCACGACAGCUUAAAGAUUUUGUAUCACUGAAAGAAUUUGACUGAAGCGAAGAAUGUGACAAAAAUUGUUUUUGAAACAUGUACAAGUAUUAUGGUAGUUGAAAAAAAUUGAGUAUAUUUUUGUCGAUUAACAAUGCCAUACUGUGUUUAUGCCUUAAUAAAUGUUGUUUCUACAUGUUUGCUGUAGAAGGCGAAAUUGCUAUAAAAAAAAGUCUAUACAGUUUUAUCAGAGAAUAGUUCUUUACCAUUGAUUUCUGUUUCAGUAAAGUUAAGAUGGAAAUUAACAUUUUUGCCAACAUUAUUUGCUUAUUUAAUAAUUUUACUACGGUUUUUCCUGGCCAGUCCUUGCUUAUUUUUCAAGUUACAGUCAUUAAAGAAGUAUUUUUUUUUUCUAUUUAAGUUCAAAUUUUGUGCAGAUGCAUGAAGUCUGUUCAAAUAAAAAUUGUUAACCUAGAUUUAAUUUAAGUUAUCAUUAACCCAUACCACACUAAAAAUCUUAAAUGGACUUGCCCAUCUUUCAAUCUGGACAAAACCAUUCAUCAAUUUUAGGGAAGAUUUUAAAGAUAUGUACUGACAGAUUAGCAAACAGUGAUGACACAUCUAUAUCAAAUGUUUAUGGUCUAAACUGUUCUAUAUUCAGGUUGAAAAAAGUACCCACAGUUUACAGUAAGAUUCUAGUCUUCAUUGAUUAUGGUUACUAUUAUACUCGAGCUAUCAUGACAAAGAACUUUUGUGAUUUUUAUUUUAUUUUUGAUCUCUGAAAAAACUGUCUAAUACAUUUUUCAUAGAUUGUUCAACACAUUGAUUGAAAGAAUUAGUAUUUUCAUUAUUUUGUUCACUAAAAUGUAACUAAGUGCAAUGAAAAAGUGGUGCAUAAAAUUUGACUGGUGCCAAUAGCCAAUGUAGUUAAACAUAUGAGCCGCAUCAUGACAAAACCAACAUAGUGCGUUGGCGACCAGCAUGGAUCCAGACCAGCCUGCCCACCUGCGCAGUCUGAUCAGGAUCCAUGCUGUUUGCUAUCAGUUCCUCUACUUGUAAUAGGGUUUGUAAGCGAACAGCAUGGAUCCUGAUCAGAACGCGCUGAUGCGCAGGCUGGGCUGGAUCCAUGCUGGUCGCAAAACCAUUACGUUGGUUUUGUCGUGGCGCGGCUCAUAUGUGUCAAGUUAUUUAAGUCAUUUUAUGCCAAGUAGCACUAAACUUAAUUUUAUUGUACAGAAGAAGUAUGCAUAAGGUAUUUAGUUGUAAAAAUUUUUUUAUUAAACUUAUCAUAAGUUUUAAAACAUGUUUGGUGCAUACUCUUAAGUUAUACGUACAAUUUUGUUGUCUUACUCUGCUAGAAAUUUUGUUUAAAUAAUUUGACGUGUUUUAGUUUCUACCUAGUGUUUUACAUUGUUUAUUAAUCUGUUACAUAUGAUUUCUUUGUGCAAUUUUUGUGUAUUAAUAUUUGAUAUCUGUGGUGCAUUAAUGUUAUUUAGUUUACACAUCAUUUUUUGGCAUAUGUGUGUAUCAAAUCAGUCAAUAAUUUUAUGUAUUUUUUCACCAGUGGUACAGUAUUAGAUUUCUAUCUUUUUAUCAUUAUUUAUUCAUUAAGAUGCGAGAUCAAGCAUUAUUUUUUUAUCUAUUGGUAAAAGUUUCUUUAACCAUUGUUUAAUCAUUAUUUAAUCUGACAGCCUAUCACUUGCCCAUUAACACCUUGGGUUUGAAUCC